UGGAUUGAUUAGGAAUUGUGGGAUUCUCACAUGGCAGGACGUUAUUAUGUAGAACAAGAGGUCACGAAACUAUUUAGAAUACGGAAAACCAUAUUAGAAAUGUUAAGAGAUAGAGGUUAUGUGGUAUUGGAAACGAGUUCGGACCUAGAAAUGACUCGUGAAGAGUUCGGUUCAAGACUUCAACAGGCCAACUAUUCCAGAGAGUCUUUAACUUUACUUAAACAACACCAACACGAUCCAUCUGACCAAAUAUAUGUGUUUUUUCCUGCUGAAGAACGUGUAAGUGUAAAGACCCUUCGAGAUUACUUUGUUCGUAUGGACCAAGAAAGAGUGUACAAAGCUAUUCUGGUUGUUAUCAAGAGUUUAUCUCCUUUUGCAAAACAAGGUAUUCAAAAGGUAGCUAGUCAGUUUAAAGUCGAAGUAUUCUUAGAAAUGGAGUUGUUGGUAAAUAUUACCCAUCACGAAUUAGUUCCAAAGCAUGAGGUGUUAUCAACGGAAGGGAAAAAACAGCUUUUAAAGCGAUAUCAUUUGAAGGAAUCUCAGUUGCCUCGUAUUCUUAUGACAGAUCCCGUUGCGCGUUAUUUGGGUUUGCAAAAGGGACAAGUGGUCAAGAUUACGAGACCUAGUGAGACUGCCGGUCGUUAUGUUACUUAUCGGUUGGUGGUUUAACAUGAUUAUGAUAAGUCCAUACAAUAAGUCGAUCUUCAUAGACAGGAGAGUGUCGGAAUAUGUAUGAAUAAACUGCAACAAUUUUUUUUUCAA